AUGAUGAAAACUAAUCAUUCAAACGUAAGAACCAGCUUUGUGUACAGUGAGAAAGUGAACGAACUGGUAGAGAAAGUUAUUUUUUUGGCCAAGAGCUUAUCACACUACAGGAAGAAAUAUGUGACGUUUUUGAAGGCGAGGAAGUACGAAGGGGGGCUAGAAAGUGGAAGCUACACCGGGCGGGGAGACAUACGAAAAAGCAGCUUAAGUAGAAGCGGAAACAGCGAGACAGGUGGGGACAUAAAAGGAAGACGGGAAAAAAAAGACUACGCAGUGAGGCGAACAAAAUGCAACGAAGGAAGCCAAGCAGGAUGCAGCUUUUUCCACGUCUUCACCAAUUAUGAAGAGUUCGUGAACGACCUACUGCACUUGUGCAGCCACGAAACGGACAUAUACAUUGAAUUGCUGUACACAUUAAUAAUUAACAGUGAGCUCUUUAAUCACUUCCUCUACAUAUGCACAUUCACCUGUGGAGACAAGGAUGACCCAUUUUUGCUGCUAAUUUACAAUCACUUUUUAAUCCUCGUUGAGUAUUACUUCUACUUUAACAACUGUCACUAUUUCAACGAGCUGUAUCGUAAUCUGAAGGAAAUUUAUGAUAACAAGGAUGUGUGUGAAGCGGGCCUGCGGGUACCUCCAAGGGGGGGUACCUUUCUUCGGGAAAAUGAAAAAAACUGCCUGACCAGUCAGGCAAAAUAUGAACAAAAAGAUUCGACCACUCGGAAGGAAGGAGAAAACAACUUUUUGUUCACCUACCCGAACGAAAGCAGCGAUUUUGCAAAUUAUGAACACAGCGAUGGAAGAAAGGAAAAAUGUCAAAUGAAAAACAGGAGCAGGAAGACAAAUCACUGUACCUUUGAAGUGAACGAAAGUGGUAACACCCUUAAAGACACAGGGGAGCACCUUAUUAGUCAGCACAACGCGUCCACUUUUACUAAGGGGGUAAAGGAGAGAGCAGCUAACGAUACACGUGGGGAAAACAAAUCCGAUGGUAACAAAAUUAAGAUGGAGAAAAUCACCCAUUCAAGGGCAAUUUUAAGUAAAUUCUUUUCCCACGCUUCGGGCGAUGCGGAAGGAGACAACCAAGGUGACUUCCAUUGCAACUACAAUUGUGAUUUCGACUAUGGGGGGAAGAAAAAGAAACAUUCAUUCCAUGAAGAAAUGGCACAUCCAUCGAAUGCAAACUUCAAUGUCAACAAUUUUUAUAAGUUAAAAAACAUGUUUUUAAUGUUUAACAAGUUAAAUUAUGAGCAUCUAUACAUCCUGCUCUAUUUUUCCCUGUCCAUUUUGCCGACACUUUUUCACGUGUACCUCACGAGGGUGUUAACAACGCGCAGGGACGAAUCCUGCAUCAGCCCCUACCUCAUGUACGUAGCGAAAAGGAUAAAGGAGCGCUACAUUCGUUUCUUUAAAUUUGACUGUAACGGCACAGCGGGGGAGAGUAAAUACCGUGAGGUUUCCUCUAGAGGAGACACCCACAACGGAGUGGACAGCACUGGCUCGAUUAACAAUAGGAAUUUUUUUAAGGCGGAUGUCCAAAAGGGCGUUCAUGCGAGGGGGAAUCAGCUGAAGGGUGCCCACACCGUUUGGGACGAACCGAAUGACAAGCUGUGGGAUCACAUUAACCGCCUGGACGUGCAGGCAAAACUGGACACGCUAAGCAGCGGAGGGGACACCAGCAGGGACUACUCCACCGUAUUUAGAAGAAACAUAAGCUUGUUGCACGCGUUCGAAAUUAGGGGCGACUUUGAGAGUUUGAAUUAUGAGAUCCUCGAUGAGCAUGAGAGGAGUGACAACCGGAAGAAGCCCAAUAGCGAGAACAAAUCGGAUGGAAACACACACAAGCAUUCGCGGAAGCGCGCCACCAGGGAAGCCACUUCGAAAGAAGGGGGACCCAAGGAAGGACGGGAUAAUACAACACACACAGGACCGCAGCAACAUCUGGACGACAUAGAAGAAACAGGUUCCAUCCAGAGCGUCCCUGUAAUGCCAAGGCAACGCACCCCCACGUACGAUGCGGAGAAAGAACUACAGGAGGUUUUAAAAAGGAAUCUACAAUGGAAUCGAAUCCACUCUUUUUACAAGAACGAACUAAAUACCCCUGGCGGAUUGGAAAACGCACGCGGAUUGCAGGACUUUAUAAAAAGCAUAAGUAUUAUCUGCAGCGAACAGUUUUUCUCCUUUUAUAUGAACAGGAUAGACAUGAAAAAGUCAACCCAGGGAGAUUACCACCUUUUACAAGUGGACAACUGCAGCAGCGCAUCGAUGAAGCAGAGGACAGAAGAGGAGGCACAUUGGGCUGAACGGCAGACGAGUCAUCCAGGCAACCACCUGCACAUGCCAAGUCUACACAAGGAUACCACGCUAAUACAUAACGAUUAUAUAAAAAAAAAAAUUAAAAGAAACAGAUUAUACACGUAUAAAAUUUUUAACAACCAAAUUGAGACUCUCUUAAAUUCGAAGGAGCUAGCUGAAUAUAUUAAAAAGCAAAAGGAAAAUAAAAAAAAAAAAAAAAAAUAUCAGGAAGAAAAAAAAAAGGAAAACUUCAUUUACAUGCAAUCACAGGGUGGAUGUCCACUACUAAAUAAGAAGAAUAAAAAAAAAAUUUCCGACAUACCUUUUACCUUUGCGCAAAAUAAAAAUGAGAACUUCAUUGAAUCGGAUUGCAAUUCCUACGAAAAUAGUGACUCCAGUGAUAACCUCUCUAUGUACAACUAUACGAAGGAAUUCUACGCAGACAAUGGGUUUAACAUAAAUGAGUUUGUUUUUUUUGUACUAAAUUCUUUUUACCUAUUCAUGCAUAUUCACAACGUUUAUUUUUCUUGCACCUACUUGAAUGUGCUUCUUUCUUACUCCAUCAAGUUGGUAUUUAAGUAUAGUGAUCGGUGCGUUGGUUCUCGAUUGUCGCGUCUUCUCCGUGGUCACCUACCAGACGUGCAAGCCAAUCCAAUCGAUACACAUGAGGAUGAUAUUACGCCUUUCACGCCACACAACCGGAUGAAGAUUUUAAGAAAGGGAUCCAGUGUGCGCGUGAUGAGGUCACACAGUCAGGAAAGAGACUCAAGUAAAACAUUUUACAACCUCCAGGAAGGAAGCGAAUUCGAAAGGAUAAAACAACUCACCGAAAUUAUCACAAGGAAGAAAAAAUUUUUUAAUAAAAAAAAAAAAAAAGAAAAAAACCUCCAUUGUAGCUUCUCCCCCACGUCCAACAAAUGUGGAAAUAAAACUACCCUCCUUAUGAACACAUUUGACAUUAUUUUAAAUUCUUUCCUAGACCUGUGCAUUUCCCUGUGUAGUGUGGACUUCAACUUUGUGAGUGACAAGAGGAAGCGACUGAACCGAACUUAUUUUUGCAAUUGUAUUUGUAGGUACCACUACAUGUUAAAUAGGCAAUACAAUGAAUCCGCUUUGCAGAAAUUUAAUCGAACCAAUUAUAACAACUCGGUGGAAGCGUACCUUUUCUACUUUGACGAGUUGAAAAAACAUGCGUUGUUUUCAAAACAGAUUCUUGAGGGGGGCGACUCCCUCAGUGGACACAAUCGUAGCGGCAGCAAUCACAGUGAUGGAAGUGCCUAUAGUCUGUAUUUCUCAAAGGAGAAGCGAAGAAGGGCUACCCCCCGUUUGGGGGUCAACAGAAGGGAAAGAACGCGAAACGAGAAAGAACAUAAAAACGGUGGGUUAACCCAAGGGGUGAAAAAAAAUGACGACAAGGGGAAAAAACUCCUUAAAAAGAAGACAAAAAAAAAAAUGGACGACUCCAUCUUUUCCUACAUGAUGAUGGGGCAGGGAGGUACCAACACGAAAUGUUACAUGUCUUCCUCGAACGAAACGGAGGAAGAUCAAAACGGGGAAGAUCACAAUGGGGAAGGUCACCACGGGGAUGAUGUUCCAAUCGACUCACUCAAAACAAGCAGCGAUGGAAGUUUUCUCUUUUUAAAAAAAAUGAAAAAAAAAAUAAAAAAAAGAAUUUACCUGGACGAAAAUAAUAUCAUAAAAAUGUUAACCAGUGUAGGCUGCAUUUUCAUGAACAACAUAAAAUACAGUGUAGGAAUUACGAUAAGUAAUUUAAGGAGAGUACGCAAAAAUGGUCCUUCAAGUGAAAACGACCACUUGCAUAACCAUCUCAAUGGUGUGUUUUGUUGCCAAAAAAAAAAUGCCCACUUGGCGAAUAUAUAUAAUCAGUACUUCGUGUCUUUUUUGUUCUUCUUCAAAAUACACUACCUUUUUUUUUUAAUAAAAUAUAAGUGCGAAAAUGAGAUAUUUUUGAAGGCCUACUGGUUCCUCUAUGCUGUUUAUUCCAUCACGCAGGGGUGA